UCAAUUUUGAGAUUCCACACUAUUCGCGAAAUAACUACAGUUGUGUAAAGUAGUAAAGACAAUACGAUACAUUUAAGUAUUUUAUUUUAUAAAUUCAAAUAGGUUUACGCAGCAAAAAGCGAAAUGAAAUUAAGAACCUUUACCGUUUUCUUGUUGGCGCUAGCAACCCCACUUCUUGCUGAAAAUAUCUUCAAGAUUAAUAUUUCACCAGAGGAAGCCCAACAAUUUCUGAACAGUGCAAAUCUUCGAGGUCUAGACAAUAUUGACUAUGCUCCUAAGACAAGUGAAAACGAGCUGCCAGAAUCUCGCAAUGAAAAAGGUGAGUUCGUAUACAUGGGUCGUGUGAUAGAUCACCCUGAGGAAUAUGUUGAAGAACAUUAUGACGCUCACCAAUAUCAUGGACAGGACGGAUUAGGCCAAUAUGUGUAUGGUUAUCGUGAUUGGAAUCAGGGCAAGAAUGAAAAGAAGGACGAAUCAGGCACAGUAAGUGGUUCAUAUAAGUAUGUUCAACCCACUGGUCGAGAUUUUGUGGCCAAAUACUACGCGGAUCGUUCAGGAUUUCAUGUCGAAGAUAACCGACCAGCCUAUUUGAAGGAGCCUGCCACCAAGACACCGGCAGUUCGCAAAGCAGAGGAAGAGCAUUUUAAACUGUGGGGUGAAUUAGCAGCUGCCAACGGUAACAACCCUGAUCCAUUUGCACCUGAAUAUCAACAGCAACGCAAUGAACCUGCAGAAUCGGAAUACAAGGAAUAUGUUCAUCAAGAACCCCCUUAUGUUCCUGGACCUGAGGAAACUGGUCCUCCACGAGGCUUCUUCUACGCUUUUGACUAUAAUGUACCCCUAUUGCGAAACAAGAAGGAACGCGAGGAGUUGGAGCAUCUCCGAGCGGAAAAUAAUAAUAAUGAGUGAAAUAUAAGUUUUUAAUACAAUCGAUAUACAAUCAAUUGUCUUUUAUAUCAUUCAUUCAUUUAGUUGAUUUUAAAAGUAUGUGCAAUUUGAACGCUACACUAAACUGAAAUGAGAAUCUUGUCUUAUAAAAAUAUAAUUGUGAAUUACGUUUCGUUGUUAAUUCAGUAAUAAAAAAAGAAAAGAAUAAUGUCCUCAUAACAAUUUUUACCAUAAGUGCUACAUAGAUAUAUAGGUUAUUAUUCGUAAUUACCAUCUAAAAUAUAACAUUUUUGAAUGUGUUGAAAACAUGUAUUUAUGCAACGGAAAUGUUUAGAACAAAAAGUAAAAUAAAUUUAUCGUUCUGCGAAAAGAUGAAUAUUAA